UUACCACCCCUGGGUUUUCCGUAUAUAUUGAACGCACAACGCCGUCGCUACCAGACUGGCACAGACUGGCACUGUUUCAUCUUUGCCUAUCUAUUUAUUAUGGCCACAGACCACCAGAACCCUGCAUCCAAGCAGCAGCAGCCAGGCUCCAGUGCACUUAAGCUGGUUAUCUAUGAGCAGGAAAACUUCCAGGGACGCUGCCAUGAGCUGACUGGUCCCUGCAACAACCUUGAGGAAGCAGGCGUGGAGAAAGUGGGCUCCAUAUUGGUGCUUUGUGGACCAUGGGUGGGAUACGAGCAGGCAGACUGCAAGGGCGAGCAGUAUGUGUUUGAGAAGGGGGAGUAUCCUCGCUGGGAUUCCUGGACCAACAGCAGGCGCAGUGACACCAUUGUUGCAUUUCGACCAAUUAAAGUGGACAGCCAGGAGCACAAGAUUGUCCUUUACGAAAAUCCCAGCUUUGCAGGAAAGAAGAUAGAAAUCAUUGAUGAUGACGUCCCAAGCUUCCAUGCACAUGGUUACCAAGAAAGGGUUUCUUCCGUUCGGGUUCAAAGUGGCACCUGGGUGGGCUAUCAGUACCCAGGCUACAGAGGCUACCAAUACCUGUUUGAAAAGGGUGAAUAUAAGGACAACAUGGAGUUUGGGGCCCAGAUCCCGCAGAUCCAGUCAGUUCGGCGCAUCAGAGACAUGCAGUGGCAUCAGAGGGGUGCUUUUCACCCUGUCAACUAAGCUUGUGAUUCUUUCCUAGUAUGAUACUUAACCCCUGCCGACUCACUCUCAUACAGUUUUCCCUCAUUAGUUGCAAUCUGCAGCGAUAGGCCAACAUAUUGCAACUGUUGCAGACGUGAUAUCCUUAAAGCAAUUAAAUAAAUCUUUCUUGCUUACAUGUC